CUGCCCAAGAAGAUCUUGGGUGCGGUAUCCUCUGAAGCAGUGACUGUGUUUUUCACCCUGGGUGAGUCGGCCCUGCUUGCACCCAUCCACAAAGAAGUCAUGCUGGAGAAUUCUGGGAACGUGGCCUCUCUGGAGGAGCUUUAACUUCCAAACCUGCCCUCAGAUCCUGGCUUGAGGAAGAGCUUUUCACUGUUUCUCUGAUGAAGACAACGGAUUGACAGCAGGAAGUGUGUGGGAAUCAGUGAAUGAAACAAAAAAAAUCACUAACAAAGAAUAUACAUAUCCAGGUGUGAAGGAGUACACUGAAUAUUUUGAUGCAUUGACAAUGGAGGAGAGGAAAUAUACAGUGGGGAAUAAUUCUCUUCUUUUACAAGAUGAUGUCUCUCACGAAGUUCCGCUACAUCAAAAAGUAUGCAAAGAAGACAAUGAUGAGUGCACUGCAAGUGAAGAAAACUUUCCUGAAGAAUCAGACAUUGAUAUUAAUUGGGACACCCAUAACAGAAAGAACACACACAAAAGCCUGGAGUGUGGGAAAGACUUUGGGCAGACAAAGAACCUUACUUCCCUUCGAAUUCGCAAAAGAGAGAAGAAGUAUAAAUGCCUAGAGUGUGGCAAAAACUUUAGUCAGAGUGGAAGCCUUUCUUCCCAUCAAAGAAUUCACACAGGAGAAAAACCAUAUACAUGCAUGGAGUGUGGAAAAAGCUUCCGUGAGAGUGGAAGCCUUACUUCCCAUCAAAGAGUUCAUACAGGGGAGAAACCAUACAAAUGCCCAGAGUGUGGGAAAAACUUCAGUAAGAGUGGAAAUCUUACUUCCCAUAAAAGAAUCCAUACAGGGGAGAAAAAAUAUAAAUGCCAUGAGUGUGGAAAAAGCUUUAGUCAGAGUUCACAACUUACUAUCCAUGAGAGAAUUCACACAGGGGAGAAACCAUAUAAAUGUCUGGAGUGUGGGAAAAGCUUCAGUGACAGUGGAAAACUUACUUAUCAUAAAAGAGUUCACACAGGGGAAAAACCAUAUACGUGCCUGGAGUGUGGAAAAUGCUUCAGUCACAGUGGAAACCUUACUUCCCAUCAAAGAAUUCACACAGGGGAGAAACCUUAUGAAUGCCUGGAAUGUGGAAAAACUUUCAUUCACAGUGGACACCUUACUUUCCAUCAAAGAAUUCACACAGGGGAGAAACCAUAUAAAUGCCUAGAGUGUGGAAAAAGCUUUAAUCGAAGAGGAAAUCUUACUUCCCAUCAAAGAAUUCACACAGGAGAGAAACCAUAUAAAUGCCUGGAUUGUGGGAAAAGCUUCAGUGAGAGUGGAAGUCUUACUUUUCAUAGAAGAAUUCACACAGGGGAGAAACCAUAUAAAUGUCUGGAGUGUGGAAAAUGCUUCAUUCAUAGUGGACACCUUGCUUCCCAUCAAAGAACUCACACAGGGGAGAAACCAUACGAAUGCCUGGAGUGUGGAAAAAGCUUCAGUGAGUGUGGAAAAUUCACUGUCCAUCAAAGAGUUCACACUGGGGAAAAACCAUUUAAAUGCCUUGAGUGUGGAAAAAGUUUUAGUGACAGUGGAAAACUUUCUGUCCAUGAAAGAAUUCACACAGGGGAGAAACCAUAUCAAUGUCUGGAGUGCGGAGAAAUGUUCACUCAGAGUGGAAGCCUUACUUCCCAUCAAAGAGUUCACACAGGGGAGAAACCAUAUACAUGCUGGCAGUGUGGAAAAACCUUCACUCAAAGUGGAAGCCUUACUGUCCAUCAAAGAAUUCAUACAGGGGAGAAACCAUAUACAUGCUGCCAGUGUGGGAAAACGUUCAGUAAGAAUUCGUACCUUACCUCCCAUCAAAGAACUCAUGCCGGUGGGAAACCAUAGAAAUGCUUGCAGUAUAGAAAAUAUAGCAUCAAACCAAACUGCAUUAGAAAAUUAGUAAGCAAUGCAAUAAAGCAGUUUCAUGCAUACAAUACACAGUAGAGCAAAGGUGACUACAAGUUUUGCGCAGAUCAUAUAUCAUAUAUAUGAUCAUAUACGAUCAUAUAUUCGGUGGCGCUGUUGUUCUGUUCUCUAAAGAGAAUCUGCACAGUCUGCAACCAUGCUGGUGUGCUCCAGUGUUGUCAUAGUAGUGUUCUGCUGCAACCAUGGUGGACAGGCCAGAACCAACCAACCCCAGUGUAGCAGCCAUGGAGACCCAGACCCUUAUACGUAUGGGUAGAGGGUUGGGAGGAGGAGAGCUCACACACUUAAAGGGCCAUACCCAUGGCGCACAUCCCAUCCACUUAAAGGCAUUGGCCUCCAUCAGAAUGAGGGUAGCUGCACAAAAAAGAGGGGAAGGGAGCCAGACAGCCACGUGCACCAGGCACACCCUAACCAGAUCCAUCCAGGGAAGGGCAGAGUUAGGGAGCACACUAGGCGACCUCCUCUGGUGGAGCAGGAAAGAGACCGCAUGGGCAAGGAACUGGUCUGAGGCCAUGGAUGGCUGCAACAGGUCCACAAGCAACUCCUCGAUGUUCGUAAGGGAGGGGCUGUGGCUUAGCGACAGAACAUCUGCUUAGCAUGCAGAAGGUCCCAGGUUCCAUCCCUGGCAGCGCCAGUUGGAAAACAUCAGGCAGUUGGUGAUGUGAAAGGCCUCCGCCUGAGACCCUGGCCAGCUGCUGCCACUCUGAGUAGACAAGGCUGACUUUGAUGGGCCAAGGGUCUGUUUCAGUAUCAGGCAGCUUCGUGGGACUUGUGCCUUGUCAGCGAUCCAUGUCCAGGUGCCCUGUAGCCACUUCCUAAGCUGUUGUGAGCCCCUUCAUGUACUGCCGACCCCAGGGCACAGCAUGCAUCCAGGUCUCUAGCCAUUCCCUCUUGAGGGUAGCCCACUUGCGCAAGAGGGUAGAGGGAUGCUCUGUGCUGAGUUUGGGUGCUUUGCCCUGAAUCCCAAGCCCCACUGGGGACUGUAUUGAGCACCUCAUCUGAGGCUGGGUCCAGGUGCCCAGAUUCCCCUUAUCCUUCAUGGCCUCCAUCCUGGUCCUGUCAGCAGAUGUUCCACAACACCAGCUGAGAAGGUCAAUGUGAAGGAGCCUGGGGGUCAAUAUAGACCAACACAUCAGUUGGCAGGGCCCACCUUUACCACACGUGGCCCCAUGGCCACCCUCAUCCAUCCCUGCAGCCACUGAGGUGGGUGUGGCUGCCCUGAGACCGGCCUUCAUCUUCUGGUUCACCCUCCGUGGUGUGGGUGUCAGGGUGCUUCCCACACAGGCGUCACUGGAGUCAGUCGAUGGGCCUGGAAUGGCAUCAAUGUCCUUCUCCCCCAGGAGAAGGUUGGGCUUGUGGUUCCUGAGCCUGUGCGCAGCUCGGCACCCAAUGGCCCAUCACUGACCUCCCUGCUGAGCAAGUUGCCUGAAAGAAAAGGCGGGAAUUAACGGUGCUGUGACUGGAUAAUGGGGGAGGGGGGCAGAAUGAACUGCAGUCCAGUCAGAAUUCUUUUCUGUCACACAGGCUUCUCUCACUACUUCACUCAGAGUAACUCUCUCACCCUCACAGACAUAGACUCUCUCUGAACUCUUUCCCUCCAGAUCAUCUAACUCUGACUAAAUGGCAGUUCAUUCCUCCUCGCUGUAUCCCACCAGGGGGCACUGUUGGCCAUAUUGCCACUGGACAGGGCCUCGAUACCAUGGCAUCUCAGAAGGAAGGACCAUCAUAUGCUGUGUUGCAUCAGCAUAGGGCAGACCCUCCACCACCAUCUGUUCAUAUGUCAAGGGCUAUGAGGGCACACGUGCUUCUGAGCCGGCUUGAAGGGGUCAUUCACCCUCUUCAGGGCAGACAUCUCCCUCUGUGCAGUGUGGCCCAUGGCAGAGACCUGCUCCACUGUCAUGUGCCAGAAGGCACAGUGGCAAGAGCUAGUCAAGCUGCCCUGGCAAUGGUGAGGGCCAAACUAGACUGCUCUACCACCAAGCCUGUAAAGCAGCUCCUCUGCCUCAGUCCAGUUAGGCUGCCUCUCUUUCCUGUCUGUGCUGCCUUUUUCUCUCUAAUGGGGACACGUUGUGGCCUACUUUACUCUGCACCAAUCCAUUUUACCCUUACCACAACCUUGUGAGGUAGAUCUCUUUCAGAGUGUGAGACUGGGCCAAAGUCAGCCAGCAAACUUCUUUGGCAAAGUGGAGAUUCAAAUGUGGAUCUAGUCUUUAUAUAUUAAAAUUUUCUUUAUUUAAACUAUAAGCAACACAAUAAACAACAAACAUAGAGAACAAGAAAAAACACCCAAUUCUAAACAACACAUAUAUCUAUAAAAUGUGGAUCUUCUUGAUGCUAGUCUGACAUUCUAACCACAACCCCACACAGGCUCUGAUAGGAGAGGGAAGUAGUGAUGCCCCCAGUGUUGUUUCAUCCGGGGGUGAGGUGCAUUUUCCACCCUCCCUGUCUGUGCUGCCAGCAUUUUUCUGGCUUACUGUGAGUAAACCUUUGUUUCCUUUGCAAAUAGCAGAGAGAUUUUGUGGAUUUUCCACUUUACUUUUGGCACUGCAAGUCCAGCCAUCAUCCAGAAACAAGUGAAAUUUUGAGAUGCCUAGCUUUACCCUCUGCCUGCCCCAGUCAGCAGUAGCUUCCAGAGCAAAUACUGGAUUGGGGAAACAGCUGUUGCAUAUCCAUGAUUUUAAUCAGGUAUUCAUGUAAAUCAUAUGUAUUCCUACAUAUUUCUUUAAUGUAGCUGAAGAACUAGAAAAUGUAUUGCUUUUUAAAUUGCAAACAAGGGUUGAGAUUAGACUUAUAACUUUGAGAAAUGAAUGAGUGUUAUCAAGCCAUCAGGCCCACUUAGAAUUAGAUGGCUUUUCUUUAGAAUAACUUUGGGGAAUAAUCUUUUUAUUUAGAGGACAAUCGUGUUAUAGUGAGAAAGAUUUAUGACUUCCAAUAAAGACUGCAGGUAAUCCGAAGCAACUCUGCACCACUCCUGUCUCUUUUGCAUGCUAUGCUUCCAUUGGGACCUGUUUCAUUUGAUACUUGUCACAGAUAUAGUCAGAAAUAAAGGAGAACAGUUUCUGGAUUUGGCCAAAAAGUUCAUAGAAGGUGUUUCUGCCUGCAGGAAUAGAGCUAGCCUGAUCCCACAGCUAGACACACCACGAAGGGAGUCUAGAGACCCACAAUGGAGAGGGGGUAUGAAACAAAGGAGUAACACAAUUAUACAGCCUUGUAUAGAUUAGAAGAGCUGUCUAACCUUUAUCAAUAGAUACUGUGUUGAGGUGCAGGUGCAGAGACCAUCUGAGAAUGACAGAAAUGUCUAACUUCACAGACAUAAAAGAUACGAUUUAAGAAUGGGUCUAUUGGUUGAGAGCCGAAAGAUACUCAUAUGUAUGAUAAACCUUUAAUCACUGAUUUAGACUUUGUUAAGAUAAGAAUGACCUAAGAAUGACCUAACAAUUUUCACAUAUUUUAAGUAUAGCUAAUAUUUCAAGUAUAGCUAAUUUUGAAUGGUGUUUGAAGUUAAUAAGAUAAUUAGUGUGUGACUUUAUCAGCUGCUGCUAGGAGGAUGCUAAAAUCUCAUAAACAGAAUUUGAUUUGAUCAGAUGUUCCUUGCUUGUGAUUUGCUUAUUUUGGGGGUAAGAAACUUUCUUGGACUCAUGUAAUUACUCUCCAUUAAUAAUCUAUGUAGUAAUGAUGGAUGGUAUGAUUUAGUCAAUGUUAAGAAUGCUGACUCUUCAUGUUUUA